AUGACGGAGGCGGAGGUGGAGGAGCUCCCCAAGACCAUCGUGCGGCGGCUGGUCAAGGACAAGCUCGCCCAGAUCGCCGGCGCCGGCGCCGACGGCGAAGGAGGGGCGGAGGUCAUCGUCAACAAGGACGCCAUGGCCGCCUUCUCCGAGAGCGCCCGCAUCUUCAUCCACUACCUCUCCGCCACUGCCAACGAUAUGUGCAAGGACGCAAAGAGGCAGACAAUCAAUGCCGAGGAUGUGUUCAAGGCGCUCGAUGAGAUUGACUUCCCAGAGUUCGUAGAGCCCUCAGGACUUCCUUGGAAGUCUCUGGUUUUAUUUGGACUUAUCUGUAGGAAUAAUUCAGUUUUCUCGGGUUUAUUCGUGUUUAUCUGUCCAUCUGUAGGAACAAAUCAAGUUCAGAACCAAAACGCUGCCCGGAAGCCAGCAACGGCCAAAAAGCAAACUGAGAAGAAAAGGAAAUUGGAUAAUGAGCCAGCUCCUCAAGAUGAGCAAAACGGUGCAGCUGAUGAAGCCAACCCCAACGCCGAUGAGGAUUAGUAUUCGACCUUGGUGAUAGGCUGGAUCUGAAUUACUACAUUAGUGUGUCUGCUUUCUUACCAGUAUGCCCCUUGUGCUAUGUAUGGCCACGUCCCUACGUGCAAAACUGUUGUCUACUAGAGAUCGUGAUGUAUAACUCAUGUUUCUGUUCCAAACAUUGUUGGUUAUGCUAGCUCAAAUGGUGAACCUUGUUCUUGUGCUAUUUAAAUUACCACCUCAUGGGAAGCA